UAAAUUAAUUUGCUUAUACGAUAUAUUUUGCAGAUGCAUUUGUAAGUUGUGAUGGAAUGUUUGCUAAUAUGUUGUUGAAGCACAUAAUCUAUGUGAUAUAUCAUUCCAAAUGUCCCAAACUUAUCAUCAAAUUUAGAAUGUCCCAAACUUGUGAUUAUUAGUUUAAAAUGAACACCAAAGACAUGUUGUUAUAUGUAUUAUAUACACACACAUUACAUGCGUAAGCUUCUACUUCCCAACCAUUCCAUAAUCUUUGUUCUAUCCGGCCAAUCAAAAUGGGUGAUAAACUUAGACUAUCGGUCGGAAUUUUGAGAAACAGAGCUUCCUUGCUGCUCUAUACAGCUCCAGUAUUAACAUUUUCAAGGGUGUUUAAGAAGAAAAGCACAGAAGAAUUCUCAUGUCUUCCUUACGUUAUGACACUCUUCAACUGUUUGAUUUACACUUGGUACGGUUUACCGAUUGUGAGCCAUUGUUGGGAGAAUUUUUCUCUUGUGAGCAUUAAUGGAGUUGGCAUCGUUCUCGAAUCAAUCUUCAGCUUCGUAUAUUUCUGCUACGCGUCGCCCAAAGAAAAGAUUAAGGUUGGUGUUAUAUUUGUUCGGGUGAUCGUUGUGUUUGGGUUAACAACGGCAAUCUCAGCCGUGGUGUUUGAAGACCACCGUCACCGAAAAUCAUUCGUCGGAAGUGUUGGCCUCGUGGCUUCUAUCUCCAUGUAUGGUUCUCCUCUCAUCGUUAUGAAAAAAGUGAUAGAGACAAAAAGUGCGGAAUACAUGCCUUUUCACUUGUCAUUCUUUUCAUUUUUGGCUAGCUCCAUUUGGUUGGCAUAUGGUUUACUUAGCCAUGAUCUCUUUCUUGCGUUGCCUAAUAUGGUGGGGACUCCAUUGGGGAUUCUCCAACUUAUCAUCUACUUUAAGUACAAGAACAAAAAGGAAGCGCCAAUUACAACAACGGUGGUGGGCAAAUCAAAUGGGACCAUGAGAAGAACAAGAGUAAACUUGAGCUUGUAGUAGACGUUGAUCAUGAUGCUGAUGCUGAUGACAAUGAGAAGAAGUUCAUGAAUGCAUGUUAGUUAGCUUUCAGCUUUAUGAGUUUUAAAUUUCCUGGAUGUGUUUUCCUUCUCCAAAACUGUAUGAAUCCAUCCAGAGAUGUUAGGUCAACGUCAAGGUCUCGUGGGUUGUGCUUUCAUUACAUUCAUUACAUGAUGUUACAUCUCUAUUCUUGAUCAUGCGAAUAGAAACAAGAAGAGUUUUUCUAUUCGACGACAAAGAUUCAUUGUGUCGACAAAAAGACAAAAGAAAAAGAUCGAUCUAUAGUCGAUGAUUGAUACAAUUCAGAAUUAUUGAGUAUUUUGUAAAACAUAUCCUAAGAGCACGUGGAAUCGCAGAAAAACACCAUCACCUUCCACUUUAUAGAAAAUAAUACAGUAAUAAUCUGUUACAAAUUAAUUAAGAGUUUUUCACUUCUUCGCAAAUCAAAAUUUGAUUAAAAAUAUAAUACCUUUUUUUAAUAAACCCUAUCAGCUAUCCGGUCGGACCGGGAAGAACGCACUUAGUAUUACAGAGUGGAUUAGUCCGAAAGCUUAUCACACCGAUCCGAGUUUGAAACUAUUUAUUUUAGCAUCAUUGUUUACAAACACAGAGAGUAUUUUUGGUUAAUGUCACAAAAAUAACUACUCAAUUCGCAUACUCCAUUAUUUUUGGGCAAUUGAUCUCAAACUGAAAACUUUUUCAUUCAUACAUUUACUACUAUUUUUUUUCUCGAUGUAACGGUUACUUUUGUUUUCUGAAAGCCCAUAGACAUAAUACUCAUAAUGGGCCAGUGAAAGCGUAAAAGCUCAUAUAAUAUCAAUUCUGUUGUCAGCCCGACAAGGAAGACACUGUAAAACGACAGCGUUUAAAGAAAACCGCGAGGCAGUUUUGGAUUCAUUCCACUUUUCCUCUCAUCUCUCUCACCUUCUUCGCAUCUCUUUCAUACAUUAUCUCCUUCCCCAAACGUGAAUCCCUAAUUUCAUCUGCACAUCCAAAUCACGGAGACAAUUUCUCCAGGUAACACGAUAUCUCACGAUUCAUCAUCUCGGUUUCUUUCGUAGUAGCUCGUUUCGUAUAAUCUUAACUUCGCUGGUGAAAAUCGGAUAUUUGAUUUUCUUCUUCGUCUCGAUAUUGCUUAUUGUCCCUAUGCCACCGAUGUCUUCUGAGAAACUUGCCUUGGGAAUGCACUGAAGACGAGUUGAUUGAACUCGGGAAGCCCUUUGCGAAUACAAA